AUGAAACAUAGAAAACUCAAUACACCGCCAGUUCUUCAAUUCCUAGAUCUCGAAGCUGAAGUAUCAGAGGCAGAAACCAAUGAUGAGAAUGAUGGUAAUGAAGGUGAUCUUAUCAAUGACGAUGAAGACAUUGAUGAGUUAAUCUUAGGAGAUGCACACCACAACCUUCUUCGCAAAGCGUUGAUGCCAUCCAAUGAUGACAUGUUUUGGGAAAGCUUUCUCAAGUGUGUCACGGCUCAUCAACAUAUUGCAGAAGAAGAUGGUCAAGAUAUUGGAAAGGUGUCUUUAUGGGUGGUGCUUGUCAAGCCUGGAUAUGAGGAGCAGAUAGUCUGUCAAGUCCAUUGGCGGCUCAUCGACCCUAGGUUUCCUGUGCAGUUUCAACCCCCAGCGGUCUUUGGCUGGAAAGCUCUACCUGGUAGAGUGUUUUUUGAAGGUGGUUCAGAGGAGAUGAUUCAACAAGUCUGUAAUGGCAUACCCAAUGUGAUGGUCUUGAAGACUUUCCACAUACCUGAUCCCAACCCCUCCAUCUUCAAUGUUCCAGAUACCUUUCGGCCAAAGCCUCAUUCAUGGAUUUGA